AUGAGUGAACUGAUCGCACAGAGCUGUGCUAAAUUAGAAGAAUGGAAAGAAAAUGGUCAAUUUUAUCAGACUGACGAUUCGAUUUUGAAUGAUAUUGUUACGGAAUUAGAGCGUCUUCAAUCGUCAAAUGCGACAAGUUUCCGUCGAGAGAUGAAUAAAGUGACGAAAUUGUUGUCCGAAAAUAUCAUCUAUUUAAAUGAAUCCAUAUUGACCGUUCUCAUGAAUGAUUUUUUACAAUUAUUAAAACAAUGGCGUGAAUCAGAAAAUUUCAAAGUCUCAUACGAUUCUGAAACAUGUGAAAACUUAUGCACAAUAUUCACAGACUCCAAUUAUUCUCAUUACUCACAAAAUGAAUCAUUCAUUGAAGAAUUUAACCAAUGUCUACUCGCUAUUGCUCGCCUUGGAAAAGUAAUGUAUAUUCAUUCCAAUAUGAAAGUUAUCAGCAGUCUUUUUAUUAACUACACCAUUAUUCACAGUCAUAACAGAGGUUAUCUUAUUAACGAUUCACCAUUUGAAGAUGCAAUAUUCAAAUGUCUUUUUGCGCCGUACACAGCCGAAGUUGUGACUCAGUUGAAAGCGUCUGCAAAAUCCGGAGACCGCUCACCAGCCGAACAAUUUGUCUUUGACGGAUUAUUCGACUUUCUCAUGCUAAUGAAUAGAGAUCGACUUGAGCAACAAGCAUGGAUUGUUCGUAAACAUCUGCUUCCAUCCGUUUGUGAAUUAGUCAAAGGUUACGCAUCGGAAGGUGAACAUUGGUCAGAAUCGGCAAUUCGAAUGUUAGAAGAAGCAACACUAUUAUUUCUCUAUUACGUUCAAAUGACUGAAACAAGUGAUCAAGAUCUUGAUGUGCAAAUCUCUCUGGUUGAUACGGCUAUCAAGAUUCUUCCAGGAAAUUGUCGAUCGAUAGAAUUUCACAAACAUUGUAUUCAAUAUGUCUAUCUGGGCACACAGAAUGAUAAAAUAUUGGAUCAUUUAAAAAGCGAAAAGUUAACACCAACAAUGUUAAAACUAUUGACUAAAUAUGAGAAUGAAUCGGAUAUUCAAUUCAAUAUCUAUCGAAUUCUAGCUGCUAUUAUGACCGAAGAUGAUAUCAAACGACUUGCAGAUCCAGAAAAGAUAGCUCGAGUCUUUCUCGAUUGUUUACGAAGCAUAAUGCAUGAUUCAGUAUGGGUAGUACGGUUGAAAAACCUCUUAGCCAGUCUAAAAACUUUACUACAACAUGAUCAAAUUCGUGAUGAAAUAUAUAAACAAUCAGGCAUUUCACUCUUUAUUCAAUGUGCUAAUUCGUCACAAAAUGAUCCACUUGUUCAACAGCGUGCAUUAGAAAAUCUGUUGAUAAUGUCAUUCAAUAAAAAUGUUCAGAACGAACUGAAACAAAACACGGAUUUUCUUGAAUAUAUUAAAAAUAUGUCAGAGACUUCAACAAAUGUCGAUUUACAACGUGCUAGCGAAAGUUUAUUUUGGCUUUUAACCAAGGAGGAAACCUCAGAAUCAUCUCAUUCAACAGAUCAAUCGUCUAAAACAACUUAUGACAUCAUGAUCAGCUAUUGUCAUAAGGAUAAAGAUUUAUGUUUCCAACUCUAUGAUCGUUUACAAGAAGAUAAUUUUCGUGUAUGGAUAGAUCGCGAUCAAAUGCAUGGCACACCACUCGAAGCGAUGUCGAACGCGAUUGAAAACUCGGAAUUCGUCUUGGUUUGUAUGUCUGAUGGUUAUAAACAGAGUGGUUAUUGCAAAAUGGAAGCGUAUUAUGCUGUAGAACGGCAAUGCUUAAUUAUUCCACUGGUUGUAAAGGCACAAUAUCGACCCGAUGGAUGGCUUGGAAUUAUUGUUACAGGUCGCAUGCGUGUUGAUUUUCCUAAAUAUGGCUUUGAAGAUGCCUAUCAAAAGUUAAUAGUUGAAAUCAAUCGAACUCGUAAAGAGAAAAAAGCGGAUCUGAAAUCAACUCUAACGAGUAUGCAUCAUGAAAUGCCGAGUAAAAAUACACCACCAGUCAAUGAGGAGAAGACUAAACUACAAUCAACGUACCAGGCAAAAACUGAUCAUCGUCUACCUUCGAAUAUUGAACAAUGGACAAUCGAUGAUGUGCAACAAUUUCUUCUCAAACAACAUCUUGAAAGUUUACUACCGAUAUGUUCGCAAAUGACCGGAACGCGUCUAUUGGCAAUGUAUAAAAUGUGUCUGGUAAAUUCACCGCUGAUGUUUCAAUCUCUGAAUAACGAAUUAGUUAUGUCGAACACGAAGGAAAAACGACAAAUACUUACUCUCAGUGAAUAUUUGCAGUUUUUAGAAGAGACAAAAUCUUUCGUGCCAGCUUCAAUUGAAAAGUCUGAUCCAACAAAUGUACCUCGCUCAGCUUUAUGUGUGCUUUCGUGA